CCUAACGCGACCUAGUUGGUUCCUGUGACAACACCGCCACUCACUCUUUUCUUAUAACUGCGACCACAUGCAGACCUGAUAAACUCUCACAUUUCCCAACUCUCUCACAACGCUAAAUUUCCUCUCUCUAUUUCUCUUCAUUUCUUUUCGUUUUCCUUUUCGGGUAGAAUUUGCAAUCUUCCAGAAACCCUACCUACUGAUUCUCUUCCCAUCAGAUUCGAUACUCAAUUCGAUCAAACGGAGUUAGGGUUUUGAUUCUCUUCAACCUUUCGCACAAUUUAGGUUCCCGCACCUUCAAUCCUCUCUCCUCUGCAAUCGAAUAAGUGUUCGUGUUUAGGUUUUGAUUUGGGUUUUGGUUUCAUUUGGGACUAACGCAAAGGAUGUAUGCUGAUCGGGUGGAUGGUGGAACUCGGAGAUCAGUGAAGGAACGCCUUGAUGGGAAUUUUAGCACUGGUUCUACUCGCCAACACAGAAUCACCGGAAAGAGGCAGAGGGAAGAUGACAAGUGGAAACAUGAUCUCUAUGAGGAUGAUGAACCCCAGCUCUCUAAUCGCAAGGUCACUGCUCAAGAUCUUCGUCUGAAGCUUCAAAGGAAAGGUCUUCAUCCUGGAGGUCAAACUGGAAAAAGUUCUGUUCAUGGUGAGCGGGAUCUCCGUGAAAGGCUAUCAGGGACAAUGACUCAACAACCUAAAAACUAUGACCCGCCAAAGCCUAAAGUGGCCGCUAAACCUAGCAGUAAAAGUAUUCAUGUUGAGACUCCUGCAGUACAUAUCAACAGAUCAGCUAACCCAACUCCUAAAAAGUUGUCCCGGAAGGCUGACGCUUCACUGGAUGAUUUUUUGCAGUCAUUGGGUCUCGAAAAGUAUCUCUUAAGUUUUCAGGCUGAAGAACUAUUUGCUCAGGUUGAUAUGACUGCUCUCAAUCAUAUGACUGAUGAGGAUCUCAAGGCCAUGGGUAUACCAAUGGGACCAAGAAAGAAGAUACUUUUAGCCUUAGAGUCAAAAGGAUGACAUUUUGGUCUUGUAUCACUGUACCCUUUUUAUAACUACUUAUGUAACACAUUAGUAGGCUUAUGUUUUAAUUGUUUAAUUGUUUAAUUGUUUAUACUUUGGACUUGAUCAAGCUUUGCCUGUAAUUUUUAAAAAAUCCUUUUGGUGCUUUUAUUACCAUUUUCAAUCCUGUC